AUGAUGCAGCAAACUUAUCCCAAUCAAGGACCACCAACAACAUCUAAUCAAAUGCGUGCCGCACCUCUUACAUCUAAUCAAUUCGGCCCACCUCCAACAUUUCCGACGCCUCAAAUUUCACAACAACAAGCUCCAUUUGCUAAUCAACCACCAUCAGGCAUGGGCGGCGUAGCACAAUAUCCUGGUUCUCGUCCUCCUUACACUGGUCCUCCACCUACAUUUCCUCCAAACAGUCAACCAUCACUACCACCAAGUAGCUAUCCUCAACCAACAUUACCACCUCAUCAUCCUAGUCAAUCGAAUUUAUCUGGUCCACCAUCAAUGCCAGGUAGUCAAUCAAAUGAACCAAAUUCAUAUCCAGGCGGUCAACCUCCUCACAAUGCUCCUCCACCUGCAUUUUCUCCGGGCAGUCAACCACAAAACAGUUAUCCUCAACAACCACCAUCAUCUCAUUAUCCUAAUCAACCAAAUUUAUCUGCUUCACCAACAAUGCCAGGUACUCAAUCAAAAGGACCAAGUACAUAUCCUGGUGGUCAACCAUCUUACAAUGCUCCUCCAACUUCAUUUCCUCCGAGCAGUCAACCGCCACCAUCAUCAGCUGGUUAUCCUCAACAACUACCGCCACCUCAUCAUCCUAAUCAAUCGAAUUUAUCAGGUCCACCAAUAAUGCCAAGUAACCAAUCGAAUGGGCCAAAUGUUCAUCCUGGUGGUCAACCUCUUCAUAAUGCUCCACCAACUUCAUUUCAUCCAGGUAGUCAACCACCUCCACCAUCAUCUAAUUAUCCUCAACAACAAUUGCCACCUCAUUAUUCUAAUCAACCAAAUUUAUCUGCUCCACCGACAAUGCCAGGUAGUCAAUUAAAUGGACCAAGUACAUAUCCUGGUGGUCAACCAUCUUACAAUGCUCCUCCAACUUCAUUUCCUCCAGGCAGUCAACCACCACUAUCAUCAACUAAUUAUCCUCAACAACAAUUGCCACCACAUUAUCCUAAUCAACCACAUCUAUCUGGUCCACCAACUAUGCCAGGUAGUCAAUUGAAUGGACCAAAUACAUAUCCUGGUCAACCACCAUCAACUGGACCCAUACAACAGCCAUAUCAAUCUCAACGUAUUGAUCCUGAUAUGGUACCUAAUGUAGUUCAAGUUCUCGAACAAAGUCAAGAAAAAAAUCAAGAACCAUUUAUAACUAAUGCACCUGGUUUAUUACCACCAUUAGCAGCAACAGAUUUUAUUUGUCAAGAUCAAGGUAGUUGUAAUCCACGUUUUAUUCGUUCAACAACAUAUGCUAUACCAAAUGCAACUGAUAUGACUAAACAAUCUCAUAUACCAGUUGCACUUGCUAUUAGUCCAUUAGCUAAUCUACGAUCGGAUGAACUUGAACCACCAGUUACUAAUUUUGGUGAAAUAGGUCCAAUACGAUGUCAUCGUUGUAAAGCUUAUAUGUGUUCAUUUAUGCAAUUUAUUGAUGGUGGUAAACGUUUUAUUUGUUGUUUUUGUGAAGCUGCAACUGAUGUACCUACUGAAUAUUUUACUCAUCUUGAUCAUAGUGGUCGUCGUAUGGAUUGGUAUCAACGACCAGAACUUUGUCUUGGUUCAUAUGAAAUUUUAGCAACAAAACAAUAUUGUAAAGAUGAAAAAUGGCCUGAACCACCAGCAUUUAUAUUUAUGAUUGAUGUAUCGUAUAGUAGUGUUCGUAGUGGUCUUGUUGAAUAUAUAUGUCAUAUAUUAAAAACUGAACUUUUGAAUUAUUUACCAAAAGAUAAAACUGCUGAAACAUCGAAUAUUCGUGUUGGUUUUGCAACAUUUGAUAAACAAAUACAUUUCUAUAAUAUUAAAAAUACACUUGGACAACCACAAAUGAUGAUAGUUUCGGAUCUUGAAGAUAUAUUUGUACCAUUACUUGAUGGUUUUCUUAGUACACCAGAAGAAUCACGUGGAGUUAUAAAUAGUUUACUUGAUCAAAUUCCACAAAAUUUUGCUAAUUCACAAGAAACAGAAACAAUUUUAGCACCGGUUAUUCAAUCCGGUAUUCAAGCAUUAAAAGAAGCAAAUUGUGCAGGUAAAAUUUAUAUUUUUUCAACAACAUUACCAAUAUCUGUUGCACCGGGAAAAUUAACAAAUCGAGAUGAUAAAAAAUUACUUGGAACUGAUAAAGAAAAAACACUUCUUGCACCAGUUAAUAAUAUUUAUACAAAACUUGGUGAAGAAUGUGCACAACAUGGUUGUGCUGUUGAUUUAUUUGUUUUUCCAAAUAAUUAUCUUGAUUUAGCAACAAUUGGUGAAGUUUGUCGUGUAUCUGGUGGACAAAUUUAUAAAUUUAAUUAUUUUUCAAUUGAAAAUGAUGGUGAAAGAUUAUUAGAUGAAUUAAAAAGAAAUUUUCAACGUACAACAGUUUUUGAUGCAUUAAUGCGUGUACGAACAAGUGCAGGCAUACGACCAAUUGAUUUUCUUGGUAAUUUCUAUAUGACAAAUGCUACUGAAAUGAUAUUUGGUAGUAUUGAUUCGGAUAAAUCUGUAUGUGUUGAAUUAAAACAUGAUGAUAAAUUACCUGUUGAAAGCAAUACUUAUAUUCAAGCUGCUUUACUUUAUACAAGUAUAUCAGGUCAACGUCGUUUACGUAUAUUAACAUUAGCUUUAACAGUUACAUCUUCAUAUACAACACUUUAUCCAGCUUGUGAUCUUGAUACAAUUAUGAAUUAUAUAACAAAAGUUGCUAUACGAUCAAUAACAGUAUCAACUCCGAAGAGUAUACGUGAUAGUAUAAUAACACAAGCAGCAAAUAUGUUAGCAUGUUAUAGAAAAAAUUGUGCACAAUCAACAACAGCUGGACAAUUAAUUUUACCUGAAACAUUAAAAUUAUUACCAGUUUAUGUUACUUCAUUAAUUAAAUGUGAUGCUUUAACUGGAACUCAAACAGUCACAACUGAUGAUCGAAAUUUAUUAAUGCAUCGAUUAAUGUCUAUGGGUAUUAAAGGAACAUUUGCAUAUCUAUAUCCAAGAGUUUAUGCAUUGCAUAAUUUGGAAGAAGAUCAUUUACCACCACCAAUGAUUCGUUGUUCAUAUGAUCGAUUUUCGGAAACAGGAGCUUAUGUUCUUGAAAAUGGUAUUGUAAUGUAUAUUUGGCUUGGUAGUCAAAUUAAUCCAACAUUUGUACAAUCAUUAUUUGGUAUUCAAACAUCACAUAUUCAACCAGAAAAAUGUCGUAUUGUUGAUCUUGAUAAUCCAAUAUCAAAAACAGUUCGAACAUUAUUAAAUUUAAUUCGUAAUGAACGAGAUACUUUUAUGAAACUUUUUAUUAUUCAACAACGUGAUUCAAUUGAACCAUUUUUUAAAAAUUAUCUUAUCGAAGAUAAAGGUUUCACAGGUGGUGCAUCAUAUGUUGAUUUUCUUUAUCAUUUACAUCGUGAAAUUCGAAAUAUUCUUCAAUAG